GAUUCAUUAUUUACUCAUGUCUGUAUUGUUUUUCUCGAAUUGCCACACUGACCCAGCAAUUUCUGCUGCAUCUUCUUCACAUCACAAUCACAGAAACAUGCCCGUGAGAGUAUUGGAGAAUACCGCAGCACCUUCUUCUCAGGUUUCAGGUGCCAAUUCGGGAAGGAGUUCGUGCCAAUCUUGUAGUCUUCUAGGCGUUGGGCAGGCCUUUUCUGGCACCCAGAAUGUCUCAAGUGUACAAAAGGAUGAAGCAUGGAGAGUAAAUGUCCGUAUACAAGGAUGUGACCUUGAGCAUGGGUAUUUGUGUGGCACCAUGGAAGCUCUUAAUGUUCCUAUGGCAGACACACCAGUAGUAACGUUCUGGGAAGGGGAGAUAGUUGAUACAAAGAACUAUACUUUCUUCACCGGUAAAUGGGAGGCAUCUCCAGAGGAUGAUAUAAGGCACUGGUCUAAAUUUCCAUCUUUUUCUCCCUUAUUGGGCCAAGUGGAGGCUGAUGGUGGCAAGUCUUUGGACCUGAGCAACUAUCCUUACAUAUUCAUGAGGUGGAAGGAGCAAUACUUCGUGAAUGUUGGAACAGACUGUGGAUUAACCAUAGCCGGAUUUUACUACAUUUGUUUCUCUUGCAGCAAUGGCUCUAUCAGUGGAUUCUAUUAUGAUCCCAAUAGCAGCCCUUACCAGAAGCUUGAGUUGAAAUCCACCAAUGAUGGAAGAUCAGGUUUCAGUUUUUCAUCAUAUGAGUUACAAUAGAUUGUGACAUUUAGUAUGUCAAGAUUCAUCAUCUAAUUGUUAGUAUUGUAUAUGAAUGGGAACAUGUGGAAAAUUCGAGUUUAUUGCUGUCAGAAUCAAAGCAGGGAGAAUAAGUUUGUUAAAAAAACAAAAAUAGUGCUAUUUAGUGACCACUUAUAUUUUAUGUUGUGACUAGUGACCACUUACUAGUGACUUCAGGGUUGAUUACAUGACUUACUGGUU